AUGGCGGACGCAAAGAUCCAAGACUUGUUGAACAAGCCUCGUAUGGAGCUCACCGAGUACGAAAUCUCCGUCCUUGAAGAGCACGAGUUCACCUCCGGCCCACUCUCUAUCCUACAGACCGCCGUCCGCUCGCACACCCAAGUCCUGAUAUCUUGCCGCAACAACCGGAAACUGUUGGCGAGGGUGAAGGCAUUUGAUAGGCAUUGCAAUAUGGUGUUGGAAAAUGUGAAGGAGAUGUGGACAGAGACGCCUAGGAUAUCAGGGGGAAAGAAGGGCAGGCCAGUCAACAAGGACAGGUUCAUAAGCAAGAUGUUCCUGAGGGGAGAUUCGGUAAUUCUGGUGUUAUUAAGUUGA